AUGAAUUCGUUGAAUGCUACAGAAGAACGAAGGAAGGAACUUGUAGGCAAUUAUGAGAUAAUCGCAAAUCAAGUUCAACAACUAUCGUUGCCAAGAAAGAACACUGAAAUACGAUUAGUAGCGGUAUCUAAAUUAAAACCUUCUUCGGAUAUAAAGGCCUUAUAUGAUAUAGGUGUCAGGCACUUUGGAGAGAAUUAUGUUCAAGAGCUUAUUGAAAAAUCGCAAGAGUUGCCAAAGGAUAUAAAAUGGCAUUUCAUAGGAGGGCUUCAAUCAGGAAAGUGUAAGGAUCUAGCUAAAAAAAUAGAAAAUUUGUAUGCUGUGGAAACCUUAGACAGUCUAAAAAAAUGUCAGAAACUUGAUGCAGCAAGAUCCACAACCACUAGUCCCAAAAUAAAUGUUUAUUUGCAAAUAAACACUUCUGACGAAAGCCAGAAAUCUGGCUACAGUUUAGAAGACUUAGAUAAUCUAUAUGAAACUAUCGAUUAUUUGAUUUCUGACAAGUGUACGAAGCUUAAGUUCGAAGGAUUGAUGACAAUAGGAUCAUUUUCUGAAUCCUUGUCUGAAGAUGAUGAAAAUCGUGACUUUUCACGCUUGGUAGAUUUGAAGAAAAAGUGUGAUGAGAAAUAUCAUCUUGAUCUACAAUUAAGCAUGGGGAUGAGCAAUGACUUUAAACAAGCAAUUAUUCAAGGGAGUACAAACGUGAGAGUUGGUUCUUCAAUCUUCGGUGCGAGACCUUCAAAAAAUUGA